AUGCGACCGGCUCCUGGCAAAGCAUCAGGUGAGAGUGGCCUGCGGGUUCCUGUAGACCUGGCGCGGAGCGCUUCAGCAAGCCUAUCCUUCCCUCCCGACCCGCUGGCCCACCGGCCCCCAAGUGCCCCUCCGACGGAGCCCCCAGGCCUUUUCACCGUGGCCGCUCCAGCCCCGGGAGCGCCUUCUCCUCCCGCCACUCUGGCGCACCUUCUUCCCGCUCCGGCCAUGUACAGCCUGCUGGAGACUGAACUCAAGAACCCCGUGGGGCCAUCCACUCCAGGGACAGGAGCUGGUGGCCCCACAGCCCCAGGCGGCGCAGGCAAGAGUAGCUCGAACACAGCCAGCGGCGCGAACGCAGGCGGAGGCAGCGGUGGCGGCGCGAGCGGCGGUGGCGGGGGCAGCGAUCAGGACCGCGUGAAAAGGCCCAUGAACGCCUUCAUGGUGUGGUCCCGCGGGCAGCGGCGCAAGAUGGCCUUGGAGAACCCCAAGAUGCACAACUCUGAGAUCAGCAAGCGCUUGGGCGCCGACUGGAAACUGCUGACCGACGCCGAGAAGCGGCCGUUCAUCGACGAGGCCAAGCGACUGCGCGCUGUGCACAUGAAAGAGUACCCGGACUAUAAGUACCGGCCGCGCCGCAAGACCAAGACUUUGCUCAAGAAGGACAAGUACUCCUUGCCGGGUGGCCUCCUGCCCCCCGGCGCCGCCGCCGCCGCCGCCGCUGCCGCCGCCGCGGCGGCCGCCGCCAGCAGCCCGGUGGGCGUGGGCCAGCGCCUGGACACGUACACACACGUGAACGGAUGGGCCAACGGCGCGUACUCGCUGGUGCAGGAGCAGCUGGGCUACGCGCAGCCGGCCACCAUGAGCAGCCCGCCGCCGCCCGCGUUGCCUCAGAUGCACCGCUACGACAUGGCAGGCCUGCAGUACAGCCCCAUGAUGCCACCAGGGGCCCAGAGCUACAUGAACGCCGCCGCGGCCGCCGCGGCCGCCUCGGGCUACGGGGGCAUGGCGACCUCCGCCGCCGCCGCCGCCGCUGCCCUCUACUGGCAGCAGCCUGCCACCGCCGCCGCCGCGGCCGCGGCCGCCGCCGCCUUGAGCCUGGGCCCCAUGUGCACGGUGGGUGUAGACGGAGCCAUCACUCUGCUCUCAGACGCAGAUUCCUGCGACUACGCAAAAAUAUAUUUAGUCAAUUUAUCUCCACUCGACGACCCGCCGAGUUAUUUCCCUGCAGGCCUCGGAGACCUGCGCGACAUGAUAAGCAUGUACCUGCCACCCGGCGGGGACGCGGCUGACGCUGCUUCGCCGCUGCCAGGCGGCCGCCUGCACACCGUACACCAGCACUACCAGGGCGCGGGGACUGCCGUCAACGGAACCGUGCCGCUGACCCACAUCUGA